UAAAUAGAUCAGAACUUUUAAGUGUUUUUAUCUGAUGCAGUUGCUUUCGGUUUCCUUUUUUGUGUGCUUUCGGAUAUGACGACCGUCACAUGGAAGGUCCUGCGAUUCCUUUGAUCCUUUCACCGUUAUUUUAUUUUCCCCGUCGGCUUUCUCUUGCGGGAUCUUCAAUACUUUGCCACAAUGAGCCAAGCCCAAACUGACAUCUCGCUCCAUGAGGUGGCGCACAAAACAUUGCAACAGGCCAUCGAUCUUAUUGAUCAUCUUCCGACAGACACAUAUACCCGAUUCUCCACCGUCAUGCCUGGCAGUACGGUUGGCAAGCAUAUCAGACAUCUCUACGAUCACUUUGUACUAUUAUUCAAUACCGCUAUUUCUGAUCAACCCCGACCAUGUCCCUGGCAAGUCGACUUUGACGAACGAGCGAGAAACCCUACCAUGGAAUCCGAUCGGGGCAAUGCUAUUGCACAGUUGAGGCACAUGCAAUCGCUCGUGGAAGAAAGCAGUGCGGUCGAUCUUGCAACACCGGUAACUCUGGCCGCAUCCAUAGACGCCGCUGUUAACACCAAACAUCACUACGCAUCCUCUUUUGGUCGUGAACUGUGGUACUGCUGUAUUCAUGCAGUACACCAUUUCGCUUCCAUCAAGGCUAUCUGCAUCGAAUUUGGAGAAACGCUGCCGGAAACCUUUGGGAUGGCCCCUUCAACCAUACAACACCAUCAAAAAUAAAAAUAACCCACAUCAUCCUGGAAAUCGUACGUAUCAUCGCAAACACUGUGGAUGAGUGAUGCGUGCAUAAAAGCUGUGCAUCAAUACCAUGUUUUUCUCUAACAUUUUGAUUGGGACUAUCAUGAAGAAGAAGAACGCCCAAUCGUUUUGGCCUGUAGACUAAGGGAAAACAUGGGAGGGAGAGAAAUGGGGAAUGCGGCAUAUCAAUUGUUGAUGACAAGUGGAUAUAUUGUUCCAGCAUUUGAACAAUAAAGCAAACAGCGUCAUCACUCUCAUCGAAAGCAUUUGCGCUAAAAUCAAUGCCUGUGUGAUGACGGGUUUCCUGGG